UGUGGCAUUGACCCGGAGCGCCGAGCAUCCGCGCUUUGUUCGGACUGUCUUAACAGCAAAACAGGAACACUAUUUCCGCUCCGACUUUCGCGACAAGAUUCGAUGGAAUAUCCCCGUGGAGGAUUACUUGCGUGCCGUUCUCAACGAAGACCACCUCGAUGUCGUGCCUGGCCAGGUGUAUUGCCCCGGACGCAUUGUAGACGUCUUCCUGUCGUCUCGUUUCCUCGGAGCCCGAGAACCCUGGAUGGACGGUAAGACGAACAAGAUUAUGCAUAUUGCCCGUCUCGCAGACUCGUUCCUGACGCAAGCCUACGGGAGCGAAACCCCUCACCACGCUGCCGGUGGCUUCUCAAACUGUGUCGGCAGUGAUCACCUCACGCCUCUGGAGAAUGCUCGUGCGUCGCAGCCGUGUACCGAAGCAGGGGAUGCCUCGCCUUCUGUCGGGAAAGGAAUCCCUAGCCUACUGGAAACCGGAGACCAGCACUCCCAGGCCGGAGUGGAUAGCAAACGGAGGCGAGAACUCGACGCAGCGAACGACUCAGAUCUGGACGCACUUCGGCCCAAGCGCUUUCGUCUUGCUCCCGCGCAAUCUUCUCCUGCUGACAUCUCAGAGCCGCAGACAAACGACCCACCGCACGUUAUGACCCGAGGGGAACUGUGCGCAAUCCACUACAUGUACCGCGUCUUGGCAUCCAGUGUGUGGACGUUCGUGCUCGGUUGGCUGGUCGAGGAUGAUCAAGUCCGCCUCAUCUACGGUGACCGUAUGGGGCUUGUCUUCACGAAGACCUUCUCUUCCCCUGAAGAUGCAAGGGGAUAUACUUUGCCGGUGGUCUCUGUCAUGGGUUUCGUUGGCGUGGGUAACCUCGGUUUGGACAAGAGUUUUGGUAGAGCGACCUUACCGCGCGAUGGCUCCUCGCAAGGAGCAUGGCGCAAUCACGAGCUUGAAUUCGACGUCGACCAGGACGAACCGAUGCAUAUCCCAUCUGGUCUUCUGGGACGGGGCACCCUCGUUGUUCCCAUCACAGCGCCGCCGGGCGGCGAGGCGGCGCAGCUGUGCGGGUCGGAGCCGCUCGUGGCGAAGAUCGCAUGGCCCCAGGUCGCUCUUCACCAAGCAGAAGACCAGACCAUCAUAGUCGUCCGCAGGAAGCUGGUUGAGAAGAGCAAGAAGUAUUGCGACCACAUUGUCGAUCUGAAAUGUUCGGUGACGAGGAGCAUCGAGGAGAUGAGCUUGCCAAGGUGCGCGAUGGGUGUCAUUCUUGAAAAUGAAGACCUUCGCGUCUGCCGAACGAUGGUUCUCGAACGUUACGAGUGUCUGGAAGACAUCGGGUCCGCGGACGCGUUCCACACGGUCUUCGUUGAUGUAGUCCGUGCUCACUAUUGGGUCCACAAGACGUCGGGCAUACUGCACGGCGAUAUUAGUAUCAACAACCUCAUGUGGUGCUUGCGAGAUGGACGAUUCAUUGGCAUCCAGCAGGAAGACUCCUGUCCGGCCACAGAACGGCGCGGUGGCAACCAGCCUCGCAAUGGUCUCCGCAACUCUGAAUCUCCAGCAGCGAGCCCGGGCGUCCGCUUGGCGAACCACCCAGAGAAGUCGGAACUCGACAUCGUCGAAACAGCGCACGAAGCCUUCAAACCCCUUGUCACGCUGGACGGCGUCUUGUGCCGGCUUUGGGACUUGUCCACGACCUUGAGCGCGCCAUGGAUCACAUCGACGACGUUCGGGCGAGGGCACGCGGAGGCCGUCUGCAGGACCAUCAGAAGGCCAAAAUCGAGGAAAUCCAGAGGGCGAGGGAUGAGCUGGUCACAUACAGUAUCUUCAUGAAAGUCAUGGGAGAAGCGGAAGAAUGAGAUAGUGUGUAGCUGUCCUUUGUGCAAUUUGAGCAUGUAGCGGCCAGAUGCUAGGUCUGCCCGCCAGCGAGCACUGGUACAAUGGUUGAGAUUGCCUCGGACUGAGUCUGCCUUGAAAUUACGAACGUGACUACAUAUGGCCUUUUGUCCCCAAAGUAACAGAACACGGCGAGUAAAAAGAAUUUCAAGUUACU